AGAACAGAGACAAAAAGAAGCAACAAAGAGCACUGUUGUCAACAGUUUCCCUAAGGACAGGGACUAUAGAAGGGAGACUAUGCCGUCUACGGCAGUGCCUGGCUUUGCUGGUCCUAAGUCAGUCCAGAUGGAGAAGCCUCCAACAGCUCUCGUCACCCAGUCACAGUCAUCUUCCUCAAGUUCAGGGAGCUUGAAUACAUCAUCAGCCCCACCUGGAUCGUCAGCUUCCACUGUGCCCGUCUCCCCAGUCCUUCAGUCCUCGACUCCAAUCCUCCAGGAUCCAACUCUGCUUCGCCAGCUUCUCCCAGCCCUUCAGACAGCCCUACAGCUCAACAAUGCCAGUGUGGAUAUGGCAAAAAUCAACGAAGUACUCACAGCUGCUGUCACACAAGCUUCUUUACAGUCUAUGCUCCACAAGAUUCUCACAGCAGGACCAUCAGCUUUCAACAUCACUACCAUCCUCUCUCAAGCAGCACAGCUUUCCAGCCAAGCUCAACAAUCAAACCAGUCACCAAUGUCUUUAACAUCAGACGCAUCGUCUCCAAGGUCCUACGUCUCUCCAAGGAUUGGCACACCGCAGACCAAUGUUGGUCCUCUAAAGCCCCUGCUCAGCUUGCAACCAGUCAUGUCUCAGUCAAAAGUGAGCACGUCUGCAGUAAAGCAGUCAUCGCAUUCCCAACCCACAUCCCAGCAGCCCCUCUCCAGUGAGAAGUUACACAGUCAUGAUGCCACCACGGCCUCCCCGCACACACUCCAGCGCCUAAGCAGUCAGAGAAGUCCCUCCCCAGGUCCCAACCAUGUCGCUUCCAGCAGCACCAACACCCCCAGCUCUGCCUCUGCACCCUCGACCACCUCAGCAGCUCGGCCCUCCUGCUCCUUCACCCCCACCCUGGCUGCCCACUUCAAUGAGAACCUUAUCAAACAUGUGCAGGGGUGGUCUGCAGAGCACGCAGAGAAACAGGCGUCAAGGCUACGUGAAGAGGCUCACACGAUGGGCAGCAUCUGCAUGUCCGAGAACUGCACAGAGCUCAAAAACCUGCGCUCGUUGGUCCGAGUUUGUGAAAUCCAAGCAACGCUGCGUGAGCAGAGGAUAUUGUUUCUAAGACAGCAAAUCAAAGAACUGGAAAAGUUGAAGAAUCUGAAUUCCUUCAUGGGCUGAGAACUUUGGGAUGCCAUUGGAAAAGAGGAGCUUUGGGAGGGAAAAAGGUGGCAGGAAAAGCCAUUGCACAUAGUUGAAAGAUGGAGAAAGCAGUUGUUCAGUUUCUCUUGAACCCAGUCUUAACACACACAUACACACACACACACACCAAGGAAUCUGAGAUUGGUCUGUUUGAACUGUUGGGCUGGGAUACCCCAAAAAAAAGAAAUGAGAAGCAAUUGUUGUGGGAGGAAGAGUGGGAGGGAGAGGUUGAUUUACAAGACAUAGUUUUGUGAAAAGCCCACAUGUAGAUUUCUUGUAGAUGUUAUCUAUGUUGUAAAUAUGUUUUGUAGAUGGAAGCCAUGGAAAGCCAUGCCUAUCAAGCUUUGGACAUCCAGACUAAUCAGCACCUCGGCAGCUAGCCAUUGGCUAGCCUGUCCUUCAUUUAACUCAUCUGCAAACUUAGAGCU